AUGAACAUCCCAAAAAUAACCAUGGUCUGUCUGUCUAUUGUUCAACAAAAACUUCUGUCGGCAGCAAAGAACCUCGCAGACAACCAUGACGAUGACGAUGGGAUAGGCAUCAGGCUUUGUGCUGGUCUGUCUAAUCCAGGAUGGAAAGGAGCGGCAAUCAUAUGGCAUGUGCCCCGGCACCAAUGGAACGAUGGCAAAAAAAAAAAAAAAAAAUACCAGGGCAAUAUUGAAGCAAUGAAGCCACUGGUUGUCCCCAUCCACGGCAAUGCAACAUGCCUGCUCAGGGCCGAUCUUGUCUCUAUUUUCAGCAUCGACCCGUCGCUCUUUGCUCCAACCGCCUCCGCUUCUGCCAGCCUGGCGUGCCAAACCCGGCCAAUUCUCCUUCAGGGUCUUCCAAGCACGUCUCCACCGUCCCCCGGGCCCCUCCCAGCAUUCGUCAUUCUUCCCGGCCCCGUCCAAGAAUCCGGAUUCCACAACCUUUUCCAGAACUCGGCAUUCGUCGUCGCACCACGCAUGUCCUACCGUACGCAGUAUGCUAAUAUGGACGCCGACAACAACCCUAGAGUAUGUGAGGGGUCAAUGGGGAAGGGGUCAAGAAUUUCUCGGACGAUGGGCAUCGCCUCACUGGGCCAUAAGAUUUGCCUUCCGCGGCGGCCGACGUCACUUCCGCGCUCGAGGGUCUUCGCAAUUCACCGAGGGCCCCUGCAACAACAAUCAACAGGACUACUGUUACAGUACGGCCUGCAGGAUGACGAUGUUGAGAAUACCGUUCAGACUGCGCCCGAAGCAUCUCGAACUCUGGUGCCCCGUCAUGCGUCAUUUUCCCACCCAAUGGCCAACCUCCAGAUGAACCACUCAGCUAGCAGCUGUUUGAAGGAAACUGAGAACUCAACGAUGUCUACACUCCGUCCAUGGAGGAGACUGGAGACCCUUGCGUACGGAUACAGAGCACAAGAGGCAACCGAUGGUAGAACGAUAAUCCGUCCGCAGCAAGCAUCAUUUCGGAUCCAGGUCUGUCCUUCCGCGGAUCUCGGCGUCGGAGGACCCGCCUACUCACGGACACCCGCAUAA